ACGUCGACGUCGAUCUGGAAGGCGGCGACGGGUGUGCCGCGGGUGCUCGGUCUCGGGUCGUCGUCGUGCGGGUGCUCGCUCGAGAAGAUGAAGCCGUGCCUGUUUGUCCAUGGCGUUGGCAACCCGUUCGUUCGCCCAAUGACCAACUCGUGGGCUUUCUACUGGGGGUCUAUCCAAGACCAUGCGCCGUGCUGUUCGUCGACCAAAUUUGUGCAUCUGCAGACGUGGACGCGCGGCUGGGACAACGACGACAUCCAGAACGAAUUCUGCGAUGCCGCGCUCAGUGUGAGCAAGUCGACAACCAAAACCAUUGAAGACCUCAUCCUCGUGACGCAUUCGAUGGCUAACCUUAUCACCGGCAGCGCCGUCGCCAAGGGCAAGUGCAACCUCUCCAACAAGGUUACGUGGGUGUCGAUCGCGGGUCCGAUGCAAGGCAGCUUGUCGGGCAACCUGCUCGAACAAAAGUGUCAACAAGGUGGUUGGAACCUCCCGCUCCAGGGUCUCUUGGAGAUCGCGACACUCUGCCCGAUCACGGACGCCUUCCUCAAGCUCAAGCACGAGAAGACCGUGUCGACGGCGAUCCAAGCCAAGUUUCUCGCGGCACAGGCUGUCCGCAAGCAGUACGCGUCGGUGCUCAUGUGUGGCAGCGACUCAUUUGGCCUCACAACGAUCUUUGGUCCGGUCAUGGAUCUUGUGAGUACGCUGACAAAGCACGGCGACAUGAACGACGGUGUGGUGGCGUUUGAGAGCUGUCGUGUCGGUUUCGAAGCCAGCUCGUUCUCGACCAACUACGCUGACGGUGGCAACUACCUCGCGAGCGUCAAUCAUUUCGACAACUCGUUUCGCAAUGGCGAUGGGUGGUGGGGCGCAGACCGCAAGCCGCAAAAGUGGUUCGAGUGCGCGUUGUAA